AACAGAUGCAUUUAUUAUCGGCACACUCCUGGGGAAACGCAAGCCCACCCUCCCAGCCAGAGCCCGGGGCAGGUACCCCCCGCGGCCCAGGUCUGCACCCGCCGCUGGAGGAACCGCACGGCGCAGGCGCAGAGGCAGAAAAGUCCUCUCGGGCUCGUGGCGCAUGCGCAGGCCCCGGAACUCUCGCGACACGUCGGGCGAGCGGACGCGGAGGCGACUUCCGGGGGCGCCCCGGCCGCCGCCAUGGACCCGUUCUUGGUCCUGCUGCACUCGGUGUCGGCCGGCCUGUCGAGCAACGAAGUCACGGAGCUCAAGUUCCUGUGCCAGGGCCGCGUUGGCAAGAGGAAGAUGGAGGGCGUGCAGAGCGGCCUCGACCUCUUCUCCGUGCUGCUCGAGCAGAACGAGCUGGGGCCCGAGUGCACCGUUCUGCUGCGCGACCUGCUCGCCUCCCUGCGGCGCCAGGACCUGCUGCGGCGGCUGGACGACUUCGAGGCGGGCGCGGCGCACGGGGCCGCGCCGCGGGAGCGAGAUCUGCGUGCAGCUUUUGACAUCAUAUGUGAUAACGUGGGGAAGGACUGGAGAAGACUGGCUCGCCAGCUGAAAGUGUCCGAUGCCAAGAUCGAUGCCAUCGAGGAGAAAUACCCCCGCAACCUGACGGAGCAGGUGAGGGAGUCUCUGAGAGUCUGGAAGAACACUGGGAAGGAGGACGCCGCCGUGUCCCACCUGGUGGCGGCGCUCAGGGCCUGCCGGCUGAAUCUAGUGGCAGACCUCAUCGAGGAGGACCAGCAGGCCCGGGACCUCCAGAACCAGGACCUGGCGCCAUGUCCCUGAUGUGGGGCUCAGGCGCACCUGCCUUGGGAUAACGAGCUGCUCCUCGGGGGGCCAAGGAUUCUGAGGGGCCCAGCGCCCACUGACCACUUACUCCAUGCCAGGCAGGGCUUUGGACGCUGUUCACAUCCUUCACUGACUCCUCGUGAUCCCAUGAGGGAGACUCCUGAAGGGUUUGGAACCAUGCCCAGCACUUGAAGGGCUGUAAAAAUCACCGGUUGUUACCUUUAUCGCUGGCAGGUGAGGGAAUGAGCGCAGAGGGACGGAGCUGGAGGAAGGUCAGCCACGGGGAGCUGGGGUGGGACCAGCAGUCUGGCUGCAGGAUCCACAGCGGCUCUGCUGCCCCCACACUCGGCUGGUGGCUUUGAGGCCAUGCGUGUAGACACGGCCUCGGGCAGGGGGCGUGGGAACUAGAAGGGCGGAGACCCAGGUGUCCGGAGACUCGGUGUGCGCAGGCGCCAACCCCACUGGCACACCAGCCGUGCUCUACGAGUGUUAGUUCUUGCAAGUGUUGGGAUUCCUGUGAUUUCACAGAUUGUUACUAUUUUGUAUCAAAAUCACUCUUCCUGAUAACAGAUUUGUUGAGGAAGCUGGAUCCUGUAAUUAUAAGAAGUAAUCUCUGCUUCUA